UACUGAACUAUAUUUUUAAUGUCGGGUAUAAUAUAAUAAGUUAUUUGAUAUUCAAUUAUAGUAUUUUUCUCUUCAGGUUAUAGAUUAUAACCAUCAAACUGCUAACUUCAAGUGAGUUAGAACAAAUCGGACAGACCUUCGGAUAGCACUUUGUCCUUUUGGUACACUGUGUAUAAACGGAACGGAUAUCGACCAUGAAUUCUGUUGACUCUGCUCAAACAAGUGGUGCGAAUGAUGUGGGAAACAAUGAUACUGAAGUUAUCCCGACAUACUCUGAAGCUUUUCCCCCAUUGGCCGGUGAUCAUGAAAAUGUGCCAACCACAUCUUCAGAGAAUCAGUGGCUCAACCCAAAAGUUCAAAGAAUUCGAUCAACUGUUGUGACCCAGAUUUUUCAUAUUCCAAUGGAGGAGCGUGCUUUCAAGCAGUCAGAGUUUGGUCAGUCUCAGAAAGACCAGAGCAAAGUGUGCAUUGAUAUCAUGAGAAUUACUGAUACCAUGAUUGAAAUGUCGACUUGCCGUGAUGGUUCGUUGUCUUUGCUUGUAUCUGGUAAAGCUGAGAAUGUGUUAAAGGCUCGCCGGGAGAUUUUUAACAAACUUCAGACUCAGGCUUGUGUCACCGUCAACAUCCCAAAAGAACAUCACCGUGUGAUCCUCGGAAAAGCCGGUUCUCGCUUGCAGAAACUGGAGCUUGAGACUGCUACCAAGAUCAACAUCCCAAGGUCCGAGAAGCAAAGUACAGAAAUCACGAUUGUUGGAACACAGGAAGGAAUUCACCGCGCCAGACAAGAGAUACAGAUGAUUUCAGAUGAGCAGGCAAAGUUGGCAAUGGAGCGUCUUCCAAUUGAAAAGAUGUAUCAUCCCUUUAUUAAUGGUCCACGAAAUGAGUUCGCAAGUAAACUGAGCAAGGUAUGUAGAAUUUUUAUCUUUAAAAUUACUUACGUUAAAAAAGCAAUGAUACUUAAAGCUUACAAUUUUUCUUUUUUAAUCAAACAGGAACACGGAGUUCGUAUCCACAUACCUCCCCCUAGUGUUCAGAAAGACGAGGUUGUAGUUUCUGGCGAACGUGAUGGAGUGGCAGCUGCUGUUAACAAGAUCAUGAUGGUUUAUCAACAAAAAAGUCGCAAUUGCAAGACCAUAAGUGUGGAAAUCAACAAGUCUCAACAUAAGUAUAUCAUUGGUCCCCGUGGACAGACACUACAGGAUAUCCUAGCAGAAGCUGAUGUCUCAGUGGAACUCCCACCAACCGAUUCACUUUCUGAGACUGUAGUUCUACGUGGUGAACCAGGGAAACUUGGUCAGGGACUCACCAUUGUUUAUGCUAAGGCAAACAGUGUUGUGAUCCGUGAAGUCUCGGCAGCUGCGUGGUUGCAUCGAUUCAUCAUUGGGAAGAAGGGAGCAAACAUCCGCGCAAUCACCUCCAACCUUCCACGAGUGAAUGUUGAGUUCCAAGAUGAAGGAAACAAGAUUGUGAUCGAAGGUCCUCCAGAAGAAGCUGAUCCAGCGCAACAACAACUUGAACUUCAAGUCAAAGAACUUAAAGCGAGAAUGGAUUUUGCUGAAGUUCACAUUGAUCCAAAGUUCCACAAGAACAUCAUCGGCAAGGGAGGUCAGAGCAUCAACAAGCUUCGUGAUCAAUACAACGUCAACAUCCAGAUCCCAACGGACACUGAUAAGAGCUCUCUCAUCCGCAUUGAGGGUGAUCCGGAGGGUGUGAAAGAAGCAAAGAAGGAACUCGAACAAAUGGGACAGAGAUUGGAAAAUGAGAAAUCAAAAGAUGUGUUGAUUGAACAUAGAUUCCAUCGAAACAUUAUCGGACAAAAAGGAGAGAAAGUGAAAGCAAUUCGUGAUCUUUUCCCCAAGGUUAACAUCAGUUUUCCUGAUGCAAAGAAGAAGAGUGAUGUAGUAAACCUCCGGGGACCAAAGAAUGACGUGGAGAAAUGUUACAAAUAUCUUAAACAGCUUAAUGAUGAUAUGGUUGAGAAGAAUUACUGCAUUGAUGUUCCAAUCUUCAAACAAUAUCACAAGAACAUUAUUGGGAAAGGAGGUGCAAACAUUAGAAAGAUAAGAGAAGAAACCAACACACAGAUUGAGCUCCCCAAAGAAGAUUCUGAUAAUGAAGUGAUUGUUAUUACUGGAAAAAAGGCUGAUUGUGAGAAAGCAAGAAAACUUAUUCGAGCAAUUGAACGUGAACAAGCAAACAUUGUUGAAGAGUCUGUGACUAUAAAUCCACAACUUCAUAACCAACUUAUCGGAGCAAAGGGUCGUCUUGUUCGAUCCUUGAUGGAUGAUUAUGGAGGUAACGUACAAAUUCACUUUCCUAUGGGAAGCUCUGGGAGUGACAAGGUCACCAUCCGAGGUCCCAAGGAAGAAGUGGAAAAAGCCAAAGAUCAGUUGAUGCAAAUUGCCAAACAAAAGGAACUAUCAAGUUACACAAAAGAACUCAAAUGCAAAGCUGAACUUCACAGAUUCCUGAUUGGCAGGGGUGGAACUACUAUUAAAAAGGUUCGUGAUGAAACAGGAGCAAGGAUCAUGUUCCCCGCAUCCAAUGACACAGACAAGGAAACGAUCACAGUGAUGGGGAAGCAGGCAGAUGUUGAUACAGCUUGCAAGAUCUUGGAAGAAAGGAUAAAGAGCAUGGAAAACAUUGUCGAGAUUGAGAUGGAAAUUGAGCAGAAACAUCACAAAUACUUUGUUGCUCGAAGAGGAGCUGUUCUUCGUGAUAUCGCUGAUGAAUUUGGAGGAGUUGCCGUCUCCUUCCCAAGGAUCGGGGAUGAAUCAUCCACCGUCCGUAUCAAAGGACCAUCGGAGUGUGUGGAAGGAGCAAAGAGCAAACUCGCGGAACUUGUUGAUGAUCUGGAUAAUCAAGUGACAAUUGAAUGUUUGGUUGAUGAACAAUAUCAUCGCACAGUGAUUGGACAAAAGGGUCGAAACAUACAAGGUGUCACAUCACAGUAUAAUGUUCAAGUGAAAUUCCCAUCAAGAAAUAAUGUUCAGAACUCAGGUGUAAAUAAGAGGCAGCAACAACAACAGUCGAGGAAGAAUGUUAAGAAGUCGCACAAGGGAGAUGGUGAUGCCCCUGCAAACGGUGAUAAAGGUGAAGUUGUGGAGAACGGGACGAAUGAAGAGGAGAACAAAGAUCUCAUCCUCAUCACUGGGCACAAGGAUCGAUGUCAGAAAGCUAAGGAAGCAAUCUUGGCUCUGGUUCCCAUAUCAGAACAAGUUGACGUCCCAUACAAGUUCCACCGAUAUAUUAUCGGACAAAAAGGUCUUGGUGUCCGGAAACUCAUGGAAGAUUAUGACAUUACAAUCAGUAUUCCACCAGCUGAUCAGAACAGUAACUUUAUCACGAUCACUGGAGUUUCUUCAAAACUUGAAGCAGCCAAGGAAGGUUUGAUGGAAAGAGUAAAAGUUAUCGAAGGGGAAGAAGAAGACAGAGUUCUACGCGGCUUCACACUCACAGUUGAUGUUCCCAACCAAUAUCAUCCACAAAUUAUCGGCCGUCGUGGUGUAACUGUCACCGAUAUCAGGAACAAACAUUCCGUUAAUAUUCAGUUCCCUGAUCGUGAUGAUGAGAAAAAGGAUCAGAUUCGCAUCAUCGGGUAUGAGAAGAACACCGAGAGCGCAAGGGAUGCGGUGAUGAAGAUCGUCAACGAACUCGAGUCUCACAUCAGUCAGGACAUCCACAUCGAUCGUAAAGUUCAUCCGAGACUCAUUGGAACAAAAGGAAGAGCAAUCAAGAAGAUUAUGGAAGAUUUUGGAGUUGAUAUUCGAUUCCCAAAAGAUGAAGAUAUAGUGACAGUGACGGGUGCACUUGAGAAAGUAGAUGAAUGUGUUGAACAUAUUCUUAACUUGGAAGAAGAAUAUAUGCAAGAUAUUGCUGAACAAGAGGAAACGAAGAGGUACAGCCAUUCUACCUACCAGGGCAAUGAAAAGUCAUCCAGGUCCACAAACAAAGCACCUUUCGUUGUAAGAGAUGCACCGUGGCAUCAACCAGGAUCUGUGGAUACAAACAACUUGGAAGAGUUUCCAAGUCUCGGAGGGCCAUCUAGCGGCAACAAAUCUUCGUCUGCCGCUCCUGCUUGGGGUCGCCGUUACUAGGCUUUCACUACAGAACGUAAACGCCAAAUUUUAUUUUUCUUGCUAACAAGCAACAUAACAAACCCCAUUGUCCGCUGUGCCUUAAAACACGUCACAUUAUAAGGCGGAAAGCAUAAGUACCUUUGUAAUUUUCCCCAAGACCAAAAAUCAUAGCAUUCAGCCAACCUUUAAUCAGCACUGCGAUUGUAUUAACUACUUUUUUUGCAUGCAAUUGUAGCCUAUAAACUUAAAAUUUCUCAAUUUUCAUUUUCUGUUUUUUUUUUAUUUAUGACUACCGUAACGCGAAUCUCAACUCAAACAAGAAAAUUUGUAUAUUUUAUGUUUGUAUAGGUGUUCGGUGAUUACUUCAAAUAAGUAGCGACGUUCUCCAAUUAUGAAAUCGCAGUAAAACUCCCCCAAUUUCUAUAGGUUUGGUGCUAUAAAUAAGUACAGAGAAAAUUAUUGCGAAAUCUAAUGAGACAAAUAACUCAAUCGCUUUUUUUUCGCUGUAAAUGUUCUAAUGUUGUUAGCCGUGGAACAAUUUGUAUGUGUAAACGAAAUGGAGUGCCAUAAUGCUGUUACGUAGUCCAUCUUCUGUAUAUAUUAUUUACAACUGUCAAAUCGCCCAACCAUACAAAGCAAAACGUUUCCUUGCGAGGAAUUCGUAUUGAAAUCGCAACUGUGCAAUAUCUAUACAAACCUGUAGAUUUUGGUGAACCAACUGUACAUUGGCCUGGGCGAUCAAUUAGCAACGCCACUUUUAGUAAGAUCGUAGUCGCGCGUGCAUAGGUGGGUGCUGGUGACGGGAUCUCACUGCGCGUCGCCAACUGCGUAUUAUGUGUGCACUAUAUUUGUGUCACAUUUCUUGCUUUUCCUUGUCAAAAUGAACUUGCAUAGUAGCUGUUUUGACCGUUUCACAAAAUAAAAGAGUGGAAUAAAUAGGUUUGAGAUAUUUUUAAGUCAA